AUGGAUUCCCAAAGGGAGGACCUCAGCCUCCCUGGUGUGUGGGUGUCACUGUACUUUGGAUUCCUGGGGCUGUGUUCUGUGUUAACUGGCAGCUGCAUUCUCUUUCUUCACUGGAGGAAGAACGUGCGGCGGGAAGAGCGUGCCCAGGAGUGGGUGGAGGUGAUGAGAGCAGCCACGUUCACCUACAGCCCGCUGUUGUACUGGAUUAACAAGCGACGGCACUAUGGUAUGAACGCAGCUAUCAACACUGGCCCUCCCCCUGCUGCCACCAAGACUGCGACUGACGCCCAGAAUUCGGAUCGCCCCUGGGAGCUGGAUGUCCCUGAGAGCAGGAGCUGUGCUGCUCAAGACAGCAGCCCCAAGGUGGAGGCCCCCGGCCCCCUGCAUCCUGCAGUGCAGCUGGCACCACAGCAGCCCCUACCUUCUUCCCCAGUGCCGCGGCCCCGGGCCAGCUCCCCACUCCCAAUUCCCAUCUUUCAGGAGGUGCCCUUUGCCCUCUCCCUGUGUAACCUACCCCCGAUGCUGAACCACUCGGUCUCCUACCCUUUGGCCACCUGUCCUCAAAGGACUGUCCACUUCAGCUCCCUCCCCACAAUGGCCCAAGGGGACCACUGCUUGAAUGCCAAGCCCUUUGCUUCAGAACUGUAG